AUGUCUUUUUCCAGGGUUGUUAUUGACAAUGAAGCCUGUAAGGAUGCUACUGUUAUAAGGGUAGAUAGCGCCAAUAAACAUGGGAUUCUUCUUGAAGUCGUUCAAGUUCUUACUGAUCUUAAUCUCAUCGUCACCAAAGCCUAUAUUUCUUGUGAUGGUUGUUGGUUCAUGGAUGUUUUUAAUGUCACUGAUCAAGAUGGAAACAAAGUUACAGAUGAAGGGGUUUUAGACUAUAUCAAAAGGUCGCUUGAGUCGGAUUCUUGUUUUGCAUCUUCCAUGAGAUCUGUGGGUGUAAAACCAUCGGUUGAUUACACAGCAAUUGAGCUUAUUGGAAAUGAUAGACAAGGAUUACUUUCUGAACUCAGCGCUGUCCUCACUCACCUCAAAUGCAACGUUGUGCACGCCGAGGUGUGGACUCACAACACACGGGCGGCCGCCGUGAUGCAUGUCACCGACGACGAAACUGGUUCUGCAAUUACUGAUCUUGAGAGGCUAUCUAGGAUCAAGGGAUUACUCUGUAAUGUACUAAGGGGAAGCAACAAUAGGACCAAUGGAGCUAAGACGGUCGUGUCUCAAGGAGUCACUCACAUUGACAGAAGGCUUCAUCAGAUGAUGUGUGCUGAUAGGGAUUAUGAACUUCUUGGUGAAGAUUUAAUGGACGAGAAGCAAAGGCCUAAUGUCAAGGUUGUUAAUUGGUGUGACAUAGACUAUUCUGUCAUUACAAUUCGGAGCAAAGAUCGCCCGAAACUUCUUUUCGACACAAUUUGCACGUUGACAGAUAUGCAAUAUGUGGUCUUCCAUGCCAAUGUAGUUGCUGAAGGGACAGAAGCCUAUCAGGAAUAUUACAUUAGACAUAUAGAUGGAUCUCCUGUUAAAUCUGAUGCAGAGAAACAAAGGGUAAUUCAAUGUCUUGAAGCUGCUAUAAGGAGAAGAGUGUCUGAGGGCUUGAAGCUUGAGUUAUGCACAACAGAUAGAGUAGGCCUUCUCUCAGAUGUCACCCGCAUCUUCCGAGAGAACAGCCUGACUGUCACAAGAGCAGAGGUAUCAACUAAAGGCGGUAAGGCGAUUAAUACGUUCUACGUUCGUGAUGCGUCGGGGUAUCCAGUCGAUUCGAAGACGAUAGAUUCAAUUCGAGAUUUGAUCGGGCAAACAAUACUGAAAGUGAAAGGCAGUCCUAAAGAACAAAAACAAGGUUCUUCUCAGGAUUCACCAACUAGAUUCUUAUUUGGUGGUCUUUUUAGAUCUAGAUCUUUUGUAAAUUUUGGGUUAAUAAGGUCAUAAUCAUGAGGAGAUUUACUGCUACUGAAUUGAUUUAAGCCCAUCAUGUAAAUGCACCAUAAAUACUACAUAGGAACCAAAACAUGGAGCAGCAUCAGCUCCUUCCUUCUUGUACAUAACUCAGAAGAAUAGGCUCUUCUGUUAGCUUUUA